AUGCAUGACAACUUUAAAAUAUCAAAUGUAAAACUCGCACUGCAACAAAACAAUGCUACCCUAAUAACCUUAACAAGUUGUUAAAGUAGACAUUUUAAAUUUCAUGGUGACACGAAGAGCUAGUUGAAACUGUUGGCGGAAGUCUGUGACCAUUUGCGACCUUGAAGAAACUGACAAAAAAUGAACAUUUGGGUCGUGUGCAAACACUCGCUCCGUGAGAUACUGGCUGAAGGCAACUUGAUUAGGUCAGUCUUGAACAGUAUUCAAGUACUAUGAGUUAAGAUUCAUAAAAGCAUGCGACUUUAUAUCGUGAUGAGAUUUAACUGAAUGUUGUUAGUAUCUGGUUUGUCAAAACAGGUACGGGGUAACACCAGAGAACAUCAUCCUCUACGGUCAGAGUAUCGGCACCGUGCCCACCAUCGACCUAGCUGCUCGCCAUGAAUGCGCAGCCAUCAUCCUGCACUCGCCGCUCAUGUCGGGGCUUCGAGUGGCUUUCCCCAACACUCGCAAAACCUACUGCUUCGAUGCGUUCCCCAGUAUCGACAAGGUGUCCAAGAUGGCAUCCCCAGUGCUUGUGAUCCACGGUACAGAGGAUGAAGUGAUCGACUUCUCCCAUGGCCUAGCCAUGUACGAGCGCUGCCCACGUGCCGUGGAGCCACUCUGGGUGGAGGGAGCAGGCCAUAAUGACAUUGAACUCUAUGCACAAUACUUGGAGAGACUCAAGCAGUUCGUUUCCUUUGAGCUCUCCACAUCCUGAGUGGGAGCAGCACACACAGGCCAGGGUUCAGUUCAACAAUCUUCUCGUGUGGCAUUCCGGUGUCUUUGGAGACACUUGAGGGAUGGCAUGAAAGUGUUG